CCAAAUGCAUCUGACGUAUUCUAAGGUCCUCCGGUACGAGAGGCGGCGCUGUGCAGCAUUCAGUUAGGAAGGUUUAUGCAAACAGCCCGGAAAGAGAUGAUAUUGUUCAAGAGAAGCCGUUUUUCUCAUUCGUAAUUAACACUUUAUCUAGGACAAGGCACAGGGGGACACAAGAAGAAAGCUUAAAAAGAAAAAGCUGAACUGAAAUCCGCUACGUGAUUGAUAAAGAUGCCAGCAGCUGAGGAAUCAUUCGGCAUGAACAGUGUUGUUGACAACAUCUGCAGACUUCCCCCAGAUGUGUUAAAAGAUGCAUGUCAGCAUGUUCUGACUUAUCUACAAGGGCAGAGCAGUGGAGUGGAUUCAGCAGAAAUUUCUCAUAGAUUUCAGAGAGCUGGUGUCACACUUGAUCAUGAAGCUCUGCAGAGCAUCAUCAGAUUUCUUCUCCUCACUUUCAGGUCAGGUGGGAAGAACAAGCUCCCUGCAGAUGAACUUUUGUCAAAGCUGGAAGAAGGCAGUAACAAGUGGUCCAAAGCUUCCCUGCAGGUGCUGCAUGUGUUGUGGAGCGAACAUGGUGCAUUAGUCCAUGCUCAGCAGGAGGCUCAGUCCAUGCUCAGCAUUGGUCAGCUUGUGGACGUCCAGUGGAAGCUGGGGAUGGCCGUGAGCUCAGACACGUGUCGUUCUCUGAACUCGCCGUACGUUUGCCUGCUGCUGAAGAUCACCGAGUCCUCUGGGCAGAUUAGACAGAGGUCCUUUGAGAUGACCAUUCCACAGUUCCAGAAUUUUCACCAGCAGUUGAAGGAGAUGGCAGCGAUUAUGGAGACCGUGUGAUAAUUGUCACCGUUCCGGCUGGUUUAUGUGAGGCUGAUCGAAGGAACAGCUUGAUGCGUGUGUUUUGUUCACAGCGGCUGUCUCAAAAUAUCAAUGUGACUUGAUGCAAAUGUCAAUUCUCAGCGUAAAGUUUUCUACAUCAAAGUUCCUUUUCUCUUAACUUAUUCAGGUAUUUAAUUUCAGGGUUAUAGAACGUACACUUACACUAAUCGCCCAGCAAAAGACCAGUUUAUUGGCUUAAUUUAGCCACGUUUGUUCUAAAAGCUUACGAGUUGGACUAAUAGAAUAGGUAUUCAAAAAGCGUUCAAUACAAAAACAACUGGACUUUAUUUGG